AUGGCGCCACCACCCCCACACCGAGCGGUUUAUGGAGGGGCGCUAUGGCUCCGGCUCCAGCAUGGUAACGAGCUCCAUUGGCAUGAUCGAGGAAACGACCAAGACAUAAAGGUAUUCUGGGCUCGUAUACGUGAGAAGUAUUUCGCCGCAAUGGGUCGUGGCGAAUAUCGAACGCACGACUCUUUGCCGGGAAAGUGGGGGGCUAUGAGGACGAAGGUUAGCAAUUUCAACAAUAUAUAUACUAAUCUCGUCAACAAUAUUGGAAGAAAAAGUGGUUCGAGCGACGUGGAUGUUAUGAUCCAAGCCCACACCGACUAUAGAUUAUACCAUGGGCAUUACUUUACGAUGGUAACUACAUGGGAGCUUCUUCGCAAAUCUCCCAAGUGGCAUCUUGUACCACCGUUCGACCCAACCCGCCCUAGGUCUAAACGGUCCAAAUCGACAUCCGCUAUCGAACCAUCCGGGUCCGAUGCUCGUACAACAAUUAAUCUAAACGACGAUGUUGACGAAUUUGAAGAACCAGAAGAGCUGCCUCGAUCAAAUGGUAGGGAUAAAAGUAAGGCAGCGGCACAAGGAAAGUCUUCUUCAACGCCAUCGGAUGGCCCGUCAAAGUUGAACGACUUUGAGGCAAGUCUCAACAAAAUAAUCACGAUUAGGGAAAAAGACCAACAAAUGAAAAUGGAGAAACAAAUCCAGAAAGACAUGGAUUUUCUCGCAAGAGAUUUGUCAAAUCUAGCGGAGGAGGAGCGAGUCAUUUUGGAGGCUCGUAAGGCACAAAUUCAAGCGAAAUAUAUAUAG